AUGGCUUUGUCAUUCGAGUUUGGGAGCAACUUCGCGAAGAGAAAUGACCCAAGAUCGAGUUUGGACCAAUUGAUGGACACUUUGCAGCUGUUCAAAAAGGUUCACCCAGCAGUUGACACAAAUGAGAGUCUGGAAGCCAAGCGGGCUUACGGUCCUACAUUCGGUGCUUUUACCGCUAUUGUGGUGGAUUGUGGGGACAAGAUUCCCUAUCAAGAUCUCGAGGAUGCCUCAAAACAUCACCAGCUUCUUACAGCAAAUGUGCCUCAGGGAGUAACCUUCAAGUCGAUUCGACUCUAUGGGUUCCACUACUUCGAAAACCGAUCCUGUUUGGCAGCGAAUGACAAACAAGGGGUGUCUGGAACCUUGGGAGCUUCAACAUUGUGCGACAGGAAAUGA